UGAGAAGCGCGUGACACGUGGUGGCGGUGUUGGUGGUGUUUGUGUUGGUGGUGGUGGCAGCAUUCUGACGCUGCUGCUGCUGCUGGUGCUGCUGCUGUUGAGUUGCCGGUACCACGACAAACUGCGGAGGGGGAGGAUGGCUGUGGCGGUCGAGGCUUUGCGGCUGAAUUUUGCCGGCCGCUUGCUGUUGGCGCCCAUGGUGCGGAUCGGAACGUUGCCCACGCGCCUGCUCGCCCUCGAUUAUGGAGCCGACAUUGUCUACUGCGAGGAGCUCAUUGAUCUGAAAAUGCUGCAGUGCACGAGGACCGAAAACGAGGCGUUGGGCACUGUGGAUUUUGUUACGUCCAAUGGGAGGACCGUAUUUAGGACGUGCAGCCAGGAGAAAGACAAAGUAGUAUUUCAAAUGGGCACAGCGGAUUCAGAUCGGGCCCUCCAAGUGGCAAGGCUCGUGGAACACGACGUUGCUGCGAUUGAUGUCAACAUGGGCUGCCCCAAGGAAUAUUCAACCAAGGGAGGAAUGGGUGCUGCCCUCCUUUCGGACCCGGAGAAAAUCGAGGAGAUUCUUACAAAGCUCGUCAAAGGAAUUUCGAAGCCUGUGACGUGCAAGAUAAGAAUCCUGCCUUCGUUGGAAGCCACGCUCAGCCUCGUGCGGCGGAUCGAGAAGACCGGCGUGUCCGCCAUCGCCGUGCACGGCAGGACCAAGGAUGAGCGUCCACGGCACGCGGUGCGCUGCGACGUGAUCAAGGCCGUCAGCGAAGCAGUCUCCAUCCCCGUUAUCGCCAACGGAGGGUCAAAUGACUUCAUCAAGAGCUACGAGGACAUCGAAACGUUCAAGGAGGCCUGUGGGACCACUUCAGUGAUGGUUGGUCGUGCCGCCAUGUGGAAUCCUUCCGUCCUGCGCAAGGAGGGCCCUCUUCCUUUGGACGACGUCAUCCACGCGUACAUUCGCUACGCAGUGAAGUAUGACAACUCCCAACACAACACCAAGUACUGCCUCUGCCAGAUGCUUCGCGACCAGCUCGAGAGCCCCUUGGGGAAGCAGUUGUACGCCUGCCAAUCUUUGCAGGAAAUAAGUGACCUCUUCGGGAUGGGCGAGUUCUGCCGGGACACCAGGGAGCGGCAUCGCGCCGCCGUGGAGCGUCUCAACGGCCGGGACGCGACGAGCCGCCUCCUGCGGUCCGACUUGGCCAGUGACGUCACCGCUGGCUACGCUCACUUCGACCGGAGGGAAUACCCCGAGAACGUCACCCCCAAGGCCGUUGUCCUGGAGUGGUGCCGCCACUCGAAACACGGCCAGCCCCAGUACACAACCGAGCAGCGAACCGAAGACCGUUUCUUUCGCUCCGUGGCAGUGGUGGCGGGGAAGAAAUAUUCCACCGUCAACUGGGAAAAGAGUAAAAAGCUGGCGGAGCAGGCGGCCGCGGUGGUGUGCGUGGAGAGCCUGGGCCUCCCGAGCAUGAAGCUAAGCAGGGAGGGGGGCAAAUUGAGCGCCGUCAGUAACAAGCGCAAGCGGGGGGCUGACGGGGAGCAGCAGCGGGGGGAGGAGGUCGCGGAGGUUGGACAGGGCGCCAAGGAGACGGACGUGCUCCGAACGCCGAGUGCGGGGGCUCUCGACGAGGGGGGAAUGGACACGAGAGGCGGCGGUGGCAGCGGUGAGAAAAUCCCUGGCGACUGCUCAAAGGGCACGGUCCGUGCUGAGAAGGGGUCGUCGGAAUGAAGAGCGAAGGAGGAGGAGAAACGGGGCGGAGAGAAGGGCGACGUACAAUAUCUUCAAAAAAAAACCUCCGGGUUUCUAUGCGCGUGUGUGAAGCGAGAAACUGGCUUGCCUGCCCCGACUCGUAUGCGUUUGCACGUGUAAAUGUGGAUACGUGCAACCACUGUUUAGUGGUGAUUCAUAAUUUUUGCAGGCCUUCGUGAGUCUGCUGCCAAGGUGAAGGCUUCCACCGUGCCGCGUCAGUCGCCACGCUCGGUCGGUGCAUGUUAAUGAUGACUGCAGGGUCUUCAUUAAAGCAGAUCGCAGGAUUCAUCAUUAAAGCAGAUCGCAGGGUUCAUUUCACAGCACGCUAACCACUUCGCCACCACUCCGACACCCCGUUUAUUGUCAAUUAUUCAAAGUUAUCAGUCGUGGAGUACUUAUGCAAUUACGGGGUAUGUUUAUUCACAUGUAAUUUGCACAGGAGCCGCAUUCCAAGUGUACGUUAUGUGUACAGAAAAGGUGUGCGCUUAGAGAUAUGGUAAAAUCCCUUCCGUGCCUUGUUUGCAUCUCACAGUGUUUGCAGUUCCAAUUGGAUUGUCAGCCCAAGUUUGAGUUGAGUUGUGCAUUUCACAGUGCUUCAGGAUUCAUUGAUUGAUGCCCAUUUGCCAGUAAUGAGACCGUAAUUAAACCGGUGCUCAUGGUACUUGCUUGAAAAUUGCUUUAGAAAUUUGAACUGCCAUGGCACGCAUUGUUAGCAGCAUUAUACAUCUCCCCUUGUUCAUGCAUAAUGAUGUAUUUUCCGUAAAUUAGAUUAAUUGGCGCGUAAAAAAAACAUAAUUAUGUUUUGCAUGUUGACAUUGUAGAAUGCUUUGUACAAACGAGUCGUCCCUUUGCAAUUUAAAUAAUUCGUGCAAUGUUUUUUAUUCCCUAAACUUUGCAGCGAUAACAAAAAUUACUCAUCAAUCUUCGCCGACUUAGUCUAUUUGGAGGCUGAAACCUGUAAAUGGGUAAAAAAUAGCAUCGUUACCAUGUGUGAAAUCCGUAUACCAUUGUCUUUAGAGGGUACGUUUACGAUAAACAGUUCCAACUAUUUGAAUAUAAUUUACACUUAAUAUACUUGGACAAGCUUACAUGCAAAAUGCGUGCUUUCACUUCGUGCCAAACAAGAUGAGGGCAGUAUUUAUUUUCUCUCUCUCUGCCUCUGCCAUUGCUUCUGCGAUGUGCAGCGGGCGUCAAAACAGCCCGACCAUUUCCAGCUGACGGUGCCAUCUGCCCCGAUUUAUUUUACGUCCACCCUGGGCCAUGUCCAAUGAAUUAAAUAUCAAUUUGUCAGCGAUUUGACAUUCGCACUCUGAAUAAUCCCAGUCGGCCACACUUGGCAGUGUAUUUAAGCAAACAUGAAAUAGCAGCUGACAGCCCUGUCUUGCCAAGCCGGACUUCUUGGGGUAUAGCGAUGCAUCGAUUGGCCGAUUCAUUGCAUUUUAUUUAGCUCGUGAUACAUGCUCUCAUAACAAAAUCACUCCGCAUCUACCCAAGCUCUCGACCGGAUAAUAUAAUCAGAACCGAACACCAUACCAUACAGGGCGGUCCAGAUGUCUUGUUACCCCCCAUUUAAUUAUUUUAAACGUAAAAAUAUUUAGUAAGGUUUAUUUUUAAAAAAACGCAUACAAAGGAACAUUAUUUAGGGGUCAAUUAAUUGGGGGGAGGGGUGUGUCACCCUGUACAAUGCUGCUAUUCUGCACUACAACAGGAUCACAAGCGUAUUCACUAACAAUCGAUGUAUUUCAGGUUGUAAUAUGUUACUGGUAGGAACCACCUGGUUCCACCAGCCCACAGGGGAUUAUUGUGUCCGUCCGUCCGCCCGUCGUGCAUCCAAAAAUG